CGCAACUUUCAAGCCACAUCUGUGUGAGUAGCAUGAGAGAUGUUCUCAAGCUGAUGGUUUGUUUUCCGUUUAAAAACCUUAAUUUCAAGUGAUUUGAUUUUGAAUUUUUUAAAUUAAUUAUCGUGUACCUAGUCUACAUUCAUCUAUAUUCUUUGAGUUUAAUUUUAAAUGAAGUGAUUGUGUUAUCUUUUUGCAAUCAGAAUCAUCUGGUUUAUUCCUUGCCAUCUAGAUACCGUCAACACUUUCUGGUGGUGCAAAAUGUCAAAAACUGAAGACAUUAUUAAUCUUAAUUUUCCUUUGAUUGACGAAGAUGUCUCUAGCUAUAUAUUCAAUGUCCUGAAAGAGGGCAAAAAUGAGUUUCAUGAUCGAGAAGAUAUAUUCGAAUGCCUUGGAGAGGUUUUCAUGGAUGUUACAAAUGGUGUCAAGAAGGAGGAUGAGAUUAAAGAUAUCUGCGACCAAUUGCUCCAAUCUUUGCACAUAGGAGAAGAAAAGUCUAAAAAGACAUCAAAUGGUACUGGCCCUGAUGGUCACCGUGCUCUUCCCAAAUCAAUCCUUUUAGGUGAAAUGCUUUCCAAUAUGACUGGUAAUCUUGAGGAGUAUAAAAGCAUUUGGUGUCCUCAAAGAGAGUUACCUUCUCAAGUUGAUCAGAAAAAAUUGGAAAAGGCUGAGGCUAAAAUAAAGACUAAACAGGAAAGAAGAGAUGCUGCAGAAGGAACUACUACUAUUGGAAUAGUAGUUCCUGGACUUCAAACUAAUAAAGAAGCAUCUGCUAAUCAAAUGAUAAAUAGGAGAGAUGUCAAAAUUGAUGAAACUGGUCGGUGUAAGGAUAUCAGAAUCGAAAAUUUUGAUAUUUCUUUCGGUAAUAAACUACUUCUGUCUGGAGCUGAUUUGAUUCUUAGUUAUGGACGACGAUAUGGCUUAGUUGGUCGCAAUGGUAUCGGUAAAUCUACAUUACUUAAAAUGAUUUCAAAUGGUUCCUUAAUUAUUCCAAAACACAUAAGUGUCUUACAUGUUGAACAAGAAGUUGUUGGAAAUGAAACUUCGGCUCUUGACGCUGUUUUAGAAUGUGAUUUAGCUCGUGCUUCAUUAUUAGCUGAAGAAAAACGUUUGCUUGCCAUUAAAGAUGGCAGUGAGGAUGUCAAUGCUAAAUUGGAAAAAGUUUAUGCUGAUUUGAAUGCUACUGAAGCUGAUAAAGCACCAGCUAGAGCGGCUUCCAUUUUAGCCGGUCUUGGUUUUACUGAAACCAUGCAACGAAAAGCCACAAAAGAAUUUUCUGGUGGAUGGAGAAUGAGGAUUGCUUUAGCUCGAGCUUUGUUCAGUAAACCUGAUCUAUUACUUCUUGACGAACCUACUAACAUGUUAGAUAUGAAAGCCAUUAUAUGGUUAGAAAAUUAUUUGAUAAAAAGCUGGACAUCAACACUCUUGGUUGUCUCUCACGAUCGUCAAUUCCUUAACAGUGUUCCAACCAACGUAUUAUAUUUUCAUAAUCAAAGAAUUGACCCAUACGCCGGUAAUUACGAUAAUUUUGUUAAAGUAAAACGUGAAAAGAUGAAAAACCAAGAAAGAGAAUACGAAUCUCAGAUGGAUUUCCGUAAACAUACUCAAGAAUUUAUUGACAAGUUCAGAUACAAUGCUAAAAGAGCAAGUUUAGUUCAAAGUAAAAUCAAGAUGUUAGAAAAAUUACCCAUUCUUAAACCUGUUGAAAAGGAAGAGAAAGUCGUCCUCAAAUUUCCAGAAUGCGAACCUCUUUCCGGAGCACCAAUCCUUCAAUUGGAUGAAGUCAGUUUUGGAUGGGGUGAUGGUGAAGAUGUUCUUCAUAAGAUUUCACUCAAUGCUAAUCUUCAAUCUCGUAUCUGUAUUGUGGGUGACAAUGGCUCUGGUAAAACAACUCUGCUUAAACUAUUGAUUGGCGAUAUUUCUCCAAGAUCAGGAGAACGUAAAGCGCACAGAAAUCUGAAAAUUGGUUAUUUCAGUCAACAUCAUAUUGACCAAUUAACCAUGGGACAAUGUUCAAUUGAAUUUUUGGCUUCCAAAUUUCCUGGAAAACCUAUUGAACAAUAUCGCAGUUAUUUGGGUAAAUUUGGAGUCUCUGGUGAUCUUGGACUACAACCCAUUGAAAGUUUAUCGGGAGGACAAAAAUCCCGCGUUGCUUUUGCUGUUAUGGCUUUAGCUAAUCCUCAGCUUAUAAUUCUUGACGAACCGACCAAUCAUUUGGAUGUGGAAACAGUUGAAGCUCUUGGAGAUGCAAUUAACAAAUACAACGGAGGAGUUAUGUUAGUUUCCCACGACGAAACUCUUAUACAAAUGGUUUGCAAAGAGUUAUGGCUUGUCAAAAAUAAGAAAGUUCUCUCACUCGAAGGUGGAUUCGAAGAGUAUCGACUUUUAAUUGAAAAAGAAUUAGAGGAUGUUAAAUAAUCAUGCAUGGAAAAAUUAUGUUUAUAUUGAUUUAUUUAUUAUCACACGAUCCUAUUGAUAAAUUAAACAUUUUAUCCUGAUCCAAUA